AUGCUGAACCCUGAUUCUCCACCAUCGCCGGCCUCCUUAGGGAGGAAACGACCGCAUCCGCCUACCGAGCCUGCCUCGAUCCCGCCAGAGCCGUCAGCGCAAUCUCAGCCGCCGCCGCCGACUAGCGACGGCCCCGCGACCCAGUCCGCCACCCCCUCGACGUCCAAUUCCUCAUCGUUUCGAAAUGUAUCAGCCUGUAAUCGUUGCCGCCUACGGAAGAACCGCUGUGAUCAGCGGCUUCCACGAUGCCAGUCCUGCGAAAAGGCUGGCGUCCGUUGUGUUGGAUAUGACCCGAUAACGAAACGCGAAAUUCCUCGCAGCUAUGUCUACUUCCUCGAGGCGCGUGUCGCAUAUUUGGAGAAGGUCUUGAUGGAUCAUCAGAUAACGUUCAAAGACCCGGUCGCAUUCGACGAGGAGGAAGCCGUUAAAGUUGAGGCAGGACUUGAUACUGUACCAGCCCCAGUGACCGGUUCGGAAAGUUCGAUUUCAACAGGAGGCGAAGGAGCAAACGCCGAUGGAAACGAAAAAUGGGUGAAAAGGGAGAAAGAUGGACCCAUACAAAGAAGAGACAAGAGCGAUCACAGUGGCCAGGAGCCAGAGAGCAACCAGGACCCGCAGAAGGAAGACAAUUGGCGCAUACAUAACCUGGUUUCGAACAUAGGCAUGGUGUCUGUGCAAGGAACCUCUGAUCCCCGGUAUUUGGGCUCAACAUCCGGUAUCUCCUUUGCUCGUGUUGUCUUUGCGGCCGUCAAGAGUUCCGUGCCAGGGAACGUUGCAGAGCGCGGGCCAAUGCGUCCCAAUGAACGUCUACCGCACAGUGCCACAGGGACAGGAGGGAGUAGCAUGCGUGAUUCCUUCUUUGGCUUACAAACAAGAUCGAUGAUGAAGUGUGCAGCAUUCCCGGAUCGAGAUUUAGCCGAGAAGCUGGUCAAUCUUUAUUUCGAACAUGCAAAUCCACAGAUGCCCAUUCUUCACAGAACUGACUUCAUGGAGAUGCUUGAUCGUACAUAUUCGCUAGAUGAAAAGAACCGCUCCCCUCGCAGUCUUUACAUUCUCAAUAUUGUAUUUGCUAUCGGUGCUGGGAUUAUAUUCGAGGACAAGCCGUCAGAUGAUAAGCAGGAUGGCCGUGACCACUCACCAUCAUCAUCUACAUCCAAGAGGCCCCGGCUAUCGAGCCACCAGCACCAGCCUGAAGAGUAUCAUGCAUCCGCAAUUAUUCAUCUGGAGACUUUCCUAGGUAAUACUGCAUCUGGGGAUGGGUCCGGCGCUCUGGAAGAGCUACAGGCAGUGCUUCUUCUCGCUAGUUUUGCCCUUCUGCGACCGGUGGCGCCUGGACUCUGGUACAUUGUUGGUGUUGCAAUGCGGCUGGCAGUCGACCUUGGCCUUCAUUACGAAGACGGAACCGACAUUGAUACGCUUGAGGAGGAAGGGCCCAACCGGGCACAAGGCAAAAAUGCAGACAAGUCCAAGACGCGAAUUGAUAAUCGGGAACUUGGCCGGCGGGAAUGGGUCCGCGAUCUACGCCGGCGAUUGUGGUGGUGUGUCUACAGUUUCGACCGUCUAGUCAGUUGCUGCGUCGGCCGUCCGUUUGGAAUUAGCGAUCAAGCCAUCAGUACCGAGUUCCCGUCUCUGCUGGAAGACAAGUAUAUCACCAAGUCAGGGAUCGUGAUUCCUCCAGAGGGAGCUCCAAGCUAUAAACAUUCGGCCCAUCAUUAUUUCAAAUUACGGCUGCUCCAGUCCGAAAUCCAAGACGUGCUUCAGCAUCAACAAGCCCGGUUCAUUAGGCAGAGGGCCCCGUCUGCGGGCAGGAGACAUAUACGCCCCGAAAUCUCAUCUCCUUUCCUACAAGGCUUCGAUUCUUUCCGAUCCUGGCGCCGAGAUGUUCACCGGCGGCUUGUUGAGUGGCAACAAAGUGCACCAACACGUCGCGAUACCGGAGUGAGAUUUCCUACCGAGUUUCUCGAAUUGAACUACUGGCAAGCAGUGAUCAUGCUUUAUCAGCAAAGCUUGACGGUGCCUGCUGAAUUGGCAGACGAGAUGAUGCCAGCCGAGGACGUAUCGAGUCCAUCCUUUUCCAAUGUGGAUGAGUCGGAAGACGAAGAUGACAUCUACUACAAGGUAGCAGAGGCUGGGCAAAAGGUGAUCCGUAUAUACCGUCAGAUGCACCGGGUGCGGCUGGUCAACUACACAUAUCUGGCGACGCAUCACAUCUUCAUGGCGGGCAUCUCAUUUUUGUAUGCGAUCUGGCACUCUCCCUUGGUGCGAAGUCGCUUGACCCUCGACGAAGUGGACUUCACAGUACUUGCAGCCACGUCCGUGCUCGGAGACCUCAUGCAUAAGUGUCCGCCUGCAGAAGCUUGUCGUGAUGCUUUUGAAAGGAUGAGUAAAGCCACGGUUCAGAUGUGCCUAUCGACCACUGGAUUUGGCUCCCAGGUUGACCUGCCUCGGGCCCAAGCCGAAAUCGCGCAAAGACAGGCAACUGCUUUGCAGUCAAAUCAGACCAGGCAACAUAGGAGAGAUCCACGACAACGAGCGCCCCAUGGUCCGCCCCGGCGGCAGGGCCAGCCACGGUCGUCGCGACCAUUGCCACGGUUUGACAUGAAUCUUGGUGACCUAUUCAACGAUAAUACUGCCGUUCCAGAACGGCCCAGCAGUGGCCCUAGAAAUCCUGGACCCUACCCCGUCCGACCAGAAUUUUCCGAAUCCUCUGCAUCGAACUUCGCACCUGAUCGGGCGAUGCGGCCACACCCCCCGCGAACGCCGUCUAUGGAAUAUUACCCUCCAUAUGAGAACUCGGUGUCACCACAGACACAACAGCAUCCGCAGUACUACUACGGAAACUCCCCACAACAGAGCGCGUCACCCAACAGCGUCGGCGCCAACCCACACCCUACACACUAUCAUACGCCGGAAAAUGAACACCCGUCCGGUCUCAGCCUUGAUUUUCUGGAUUUCGAUCCCGCGACGGCUGAAGGCCAAAUGGCCGGCUCCGACGAGAAUGGCGACUAUAACCUCCAGGCGAUGCCGUCAUUGGGACACGGAGCUGGCCACAGCGUUGGAAUCGACCUCGGAUUCGGCAUGGCAAUGGACUUCCAACAUGAUUGGAGCGAAAACGCCAAUUAUGACAUUCUAGAAGGUUACUUCUUCGGUGGGGCUGGGAAUGGACCACCAGGAGAAGGGUAG